UUGUCCAAAAUGAAACUGGUUGACCAAGUGGUUAGAACCUUCCGUGUUGCCAAACUCUUUCGAGAUAACACAGAGCGUAUAAAUAAUAUAGAUUUCUCACCGAGUGGCGAGUUACUGAUCACUUCCAGUGAUGAUGAUCAAAUUAUCAUUUAUGAUUGUGAGAAGGGAACAUCAAAGCGUACGCUAAACAGCAAAAAGUAUGGCGUGGAUUUAAUUCACUUUACACAUGCCAAAAAUUCUGCUAUCUACAGUUCUACUAAAAUUGAUGACACAAUACGCUACCUCUCGCUACAUGAUAACAAAUAUAUAAGAUACUUCCCGGGACAUACCAAAAAAGUGAUCACUCUGAGUAUGAGCCCAAUCGAUGACACUUUCAUAUCUGGCUCCUUGGACAAGUCUUUGAGACUUUGGGAUCUCCGUUCUCCAAACUGUCAGGGUAUGAUGCAUGUGGGAGGACGCCCGGUAGCAGCUUUUGACCCAGACGGUCUUAUAUUUGCUGCAGGUAUCAAUUCAGAAAUGAUCAAGCUCUAUGAUCUGAGGUCUUUCGACAAAGGUCCCUUCAGUACGUUUCAACUCUCCAUGGAGAAGGAAUGUGAUUGGACUGGCAUCAAGUUCAGCCCUGAUGGGAAAACUAUUCUUACAUCUACAAAUGGCUCAAUUAUUCGACUUGUUGAUGCUUUUUCUGGAACUCCUCUUAAGACCUUUACUGGGCACUUAAACAACAAAGGCAUUGCCCUUGAGGCAUCUUUCAGUCCAGACUCCCAGUUCAUAUUGAGUGGCUCUACAGAUGGUCGCAUUCAUGUUUGGAAUGCUGAAACUGGUUAUAAGGUAUGUGCCCUCAAUGCUGACCAUACUGGACCUGUUCAGUGUAUACAAUUUAACCCCAAAUACAUGAUGUUGGCAUCUGGUUGCACAAGCAUGGCAUUUUGGCUCCCAGCAAUGGAUGAAUAAGAAGAUGGAAUGAAAAAUAUACCUGUUCUUUUUCUUUCGAAAACUUGAAAACUUGCAGAGAUUUUAUUUGCCAUAUCUUCGGAUCACCUCAAGGUUUACUGCACUUUUGAGCUCUGAAGGAGGGUUUUGUGGGUCCAAUUAUUUUAGCCUCACAAAGAGGUUCAUUGAUUAGGUUUUUGAAAGUUUGUGUAAUACAGUAAUCUCUUGGUCAUCCACAUUAAUAGAACUAAGUCCCUGUUGGAUUAGGUCAAAGUUCAGAUAAGGUAAAAAAAAUUUUUACAGGAGUAAAACGGCAACUGUAUACCCAUACUCUCCCACCUUGUCAAUACUGCAUAAGGAUAAACUGUCAAUAUGUUUAUAAACAACAGCCAUCACACUUUGAACUAAAGACUUGAUUGAAAAGGCAAAGAUAGCUCAUUUUCCCUUAUUUUUAUCAAAAUGUGCUUUUAGCGUUAUGAAUUUAUCUUACAGCUAAGACUUCUUUUCUCAUCAAGUCUUGCUGUGUCACAUGAAAUUCUUCUAUUCCCUCCUUAGAAAUAUCCAAUGCUAAGCUAUAAUUUAUUGUUAGAAAUCCCAUGUUGAACAUUCAGCAUGGGGUUUCUAACCAUAAAUUAUGGCUUAGUUUUGGAUGCUUUCAAGCGCUGAGCUCAUACGUGCCACAGCCCAUUGCUGACAAAACCAGAUCUAGGUCGACUGUUCAGUGUCAUCAAGACAGCUUUUUGCCCUAACCGUGUGGGCCUGACCCUGGACAUUAUCUUCCUAAAGUCUGUCAUGUAGUUCUGCGUUGUUGAAAAAGCAUUCAUGUAAAAAACACCCACCCUGCAUUCCCACCCCUCCCAGCAGGGGAAACGCCUCACCUGGCCACACAUCCUCCAAAACAACAGUACCUGAGUCAUAUAUAUAUAUAUAUAUAU